AAGAUAGACAAGAUAUAGUAAAACUGAAAGUCCCGCGAACAAGACGAAGAUUUCGUCCUCAUCGUCUAGACUAUAGUAUAGACAAGAUGUUGCACAGCGCCAACAAUCUGAGUUCGCGCAAGCGCCCCCGCGUGUGGGCGAUGGACGUGGAUGAGUUGGUGCCGGCGAGUCCCGCCUACGCCAAGUGGAUCUACACGGAGUGCAAAAAGUUCGCGAAGACCAACCAGCACGAACUGGAUCUGCUACGCAAGCGCAUCGACUUGGAACACAUCUUCGACGAGCCACUGCCCGAGGGAAGCAAAGUCUUUGCGGAGAACAAACGGAUCGGGGCGCAUGUGAUGGUGAAUAGCAAGGAGCAACAAGCUGCAAGUCGUGGCGUCCUCGCGAAGCGAAAAACUACAAGCAACUCCUCUCCGACGACCAAGGAUCUUAACCCAAACCGCAAGCUGCAUUCGCGUUCCCUAGUGUCAAGCUCUAGCAGUUCAUCCUCUUCGUCCGCCGGCAGCGGCACCACUUUCACUGGAGCAGCAGGAGUCAGGGCGCAUAUGAUCACUCCGGACAGUGUGACAACCAGUCGUCCCGGUUGUCCCGUGGAUCUGCAGAGCUUCCACGAAUACCUCGAGCGCGUCGAAAAAAAGCGGACUAGUGUUACAACCGGAGAAGAAGCCAUCAAUACGACCACGAGUGGGGCAAAGCGACAGAAACGGUUCACCCUGUUCUCUACGAGCCCCAUGGCGCGUACACCCAGGGAUGGGAAUAAAGGUAGUUGGGCGAGUACAAAUACGACGUGUACGAGAAAUCAUAAAAAAGUCACUUAGAAGCAUCAUCGUCUACUUUGAACAACCACUCGCGCCAGCUGCCUUUGCGGCAUGCUACUUCUUUUUUUUGUACGCAUUAAAUUAUCUCUCCCUUCAAAUAAAAACUGUCGCAGGUACUGAUGUCCAUGUGGCGAAAAACUUCCUCGACGACGACGAGGACGAUGAACAAAAGGCGACCACGCUGCAACCCCCCACGGAACCCACCGCACCAAAGUGCGGCGCCGGCGGGAACAAGAGAAAAACGACCUUCGGUGGAUUUUUGCGCUCUACAAUCACCCGCGCGUUUCCACUGCCCCCCGGCCGCAGGGCUGAGGCUAAGCGUGAAACAUCGCCGUCGAAAGGAAAUUGCGCAAGUGACAAGUCUGGGAAAGUUUUAUCGGCGACACGACCAGACACAACACAGCAGGAAGAGGCGAAGAAUGAAGAUCCAGACUCAGUUUCACCCGCAGAUUCCUCGGACGAUGAGGUACUAAAGUUCCACACACCGGAGCCGUCUGAGAACAAAACCUCGUCGUGGAAAAGCAGUCGCAGGGCCGCUCGUGACUCCGCGACGACGACCGUGGAGGUAAAAACGAAGAAAAUGAAGCUGGAAAAAGUUAAAGCACAAGCUGCAGAUAAUACAACAAUUACAAUAGAAACAGGGGUGGAUAAAGCAGCAGCAGGUUCCUCGACUACCAGCUGUUUUUCGACUACGAACACUGGACCAGCUUCUUCAUCCGCCGCUAUCGACGUGCAGCAGAGCUCUACGCAGUUCACGCUCGACCCUUCGUCAUCUUCUAGUGGUGGCGCCAAGCAAACUGCAGUAGAAACUCCGGAUGUAGAAAUGAUCGAAACAAUUGAAAGUCAUGCCCUGGCAGCUACACAAGAAAGCGACUGGCAGAAUACCACCGGAAUGAAACAAAACGCCGAGACGCUCCCACUGGCUGAUAAGAAAACACAACAUCAAGCAGACCACCCGACCACUCCAGCCAGAACUGAAGAAGAGCAGCAGCACGACAAGAAAGAUGAUGCUGAAAAAUCAGAACCCAUUGACACCUUCCCCCCGCGGUACAGCGUGACGGGCAAGAUUCUGGACGAAGACAGUUCCGCUACCUCCCUCCAAGACCGGUUUUGCUCGAUGGCGAAGCAGAAGCGCAAAAUGAAAGUGUGGGGCGAUUUGCUGGAGCUGCACAAGCUCUGCGAGAAAAAGGCGAAUAUGACCCGCUCAGGUGUUACAAUCUGGUCAAACGUGACAAUAGAGUCUGGAAAUCUGUGAUGCAAGAGGUGCAUUAUCUACCAAACUCUCAUAGGAUUGCGCAUGACAAGUUCCGGAGUCCCAAACCGCACUACAGUCCGGAGAAAUUUGUAUUGCAGAAAGUGAAAUGCUGUCCCAGUCUGUGAUGCUCGUCAUGCAAUACAAAAUCCAGACUCUAUUGUAACAGUUGAGAUUGUAAUGUCUGAGCAGGUCAUAGCGAACCAGGGCGUCUUCUUAAUUCACGCGAAGGAAAACGUCGACGGCAUGCUCUCGUGCCAGAACGGUGGCGCGCCGCUUCCGGUACCGCGCAACGCUGAGGAGGCCAUGUUCCUGCAAAAUUUGGGUACGACCCCGAGCGAAACCAUCUUCAAUCUUCAGUACUCCACUCUGCGCCACUAUCUCUGCGGGGUGCAAGGUACGAUUUGAAUUUCUGUUCUCGCGAUGUUUCAACAACAUCGACAUCAUGAUGCCCUGACUAGAAAUUGUAAUUGAAUCCUUAUUUCACAUUAACAAGUUGAGCUACAAAUACAAUAAAAGUUCAUCCGACCGGAAUGACAGGUUUCCCGGAAGAGAACGUCACUGUGUCUACCGAACGGGAUGAGCGGCAGGGCAAGGAGCGGUACAUCGAGUGGCACCUGACCAAACCGGGCCAGGACGAGGUGAAGGAAAACAUCCGCAAGGAGACCAUCCGCAAGAACGGGGGGGAGGAGAAGAGUCUCGCGAAACGCCUUGCGGUGACGGAAAAGUUUCGGGCUUCGUCCGAGGACGAGAAGAACAAAACCAUCUUUGCAGUGGACGAUUGGCAGCGGCACCUGCGUUAUGCAUUGCAAAUAUGUCUGGGUCUGGAAGAUAGUAAGACUUCUCAUGCUAGUUUGGCAUGACUCUGAACUCUGUAUUGCGUGGCAUGACUCUGAACUCUGAAUCUCCUCUUGUCUGUCAUGCAAAAACGAUGUUUCUCAUGCGGAAUACGCAACACAGAGCCACGAGGAAACUUGUCAUGCUUGGCGGUGCAUUACAGUGUGCUUCCUGUUCACUGACAUGCAUCACAAGUUUCCAGACCCAGACAUAUUUCCACUUGAUGCGCGCGAGAAAGUCGGUCGCGUGCAGCUGCGCGUCUGGUUUCAGGGGAUCCUAUCCUGUGCAAAAACAUCGUACUACCUAGUAUAAAUUGCAUUACAAAUUUUCUCAGCAUGAAAAAUUGAAUUUUUCAUGCUGUUUCAACUUGGAAAGGAAAUUUGUCAUGCAUACAUGCAAGUAGUACGAGUGCGAUACUUUUGCACAGGAUAGAUCCAACCCAGACACAAACUGAAGCAGUGCCCCACGGACGUGUUUGAGUAUACUUUUUUUGAUCAUGGAGACGUGUUCCUAUCAUGCCAAUACUUACAUGUCAAUCCCCAGCAUGGCUUUUGCUUGGAUAAAAUGGUUGCUGGUUGCAACUAUGGGGGCAUAAAACUACACCCGGAUAGAUACAUACUAUCCGCCGGUGACAGAGAGAUACUACGGCUCUUGCAAAUUCUGCGCUUCCAAAUAGAAAUCGAUGCUGUCCGCCAAUGAAAAAGCCUCAAAACAAAAAAUCCCAGGUACAUUCUGUCCUUCCUGAGUCCGGGGCCCGAUGUGAUUAUGAACCCGCUGUAUUUGUACACGAUCUGCGCCGACCAUCGCGAUGAAGUCUACUACCAGGUCUCUGCGCACAUCCUGUCCACUCUGGUCAACCAGGCGCGCCAGGGGGAAACCACAUCCACCAUCGACUUUCGCCUGAUCGAAGACAACCGCCUGCUCGCGGCUGCGGAAGGCGCGCGCGUCGAGGUCGUUGCGAACUAUUGUGCCGGGAAUUCGAGGGACUGGAAACCCAUGGUGCUCAAACUGGGAUGGAUCAAGGCGCAAAAGGAUGUGGAAUACAUGGUAUUUUUGGAUUUGUCUUGAUCUUGUUUUCCAUUUUCGUCGGGUGCUAAUGUGUGCUAUAAGAGCCGUUUUUUAGGAACGAGUUGUACUAAGUACCGAAUUACUUCUUGACUGGAGUAAAUAUGAUUGAAUUUGGAGGUCUCAGUGGUCUGAGUCAAGAAUAUAGAAGAUCUUCAAUUUCUACAACCAUCCACAUGUUCCCACCUUUCCCAUUUCACUACAGGCCGUCUCCAUUAUGGCAAUUUUGAAGAGUAAGAAGAUGGGUUUUGAGUGCAAGUUGGUCCAGGGCACGCCGCAACGGCCGCAGUGUAAAGUCGAGGUGAAUUGGGACCCAGAGAAUCGCGGCCUCGUCAACCGGGCCGCCGAAGCGCCGGCGGUCGAGAAUUUGAUACAACGCGUGGAGGAACCAAGAAUUGCCGGAAUGGAGCCGCAAGUUUGAAGGGGACGAGUCACUACCAGCUACUUGCUUGUUCACGACGAGACAAAACAUUGUACGAGUGUUGAGAGCCAAAAAAGAUUUUUUAUGUGAAAUGCAUUUUGCGGUCACUGACAGCCAGUUGGAAUUAAAUUAUUGAGUACCAAGAUCACUAACUAAAUGUAGCAAACAUUUUGUAACGUCUACUACUCUAUGUCUAUCUCUAGCCCCUCCCCCUUGAAGUUGCAGGAGCAGUACAUUAUCAUUAGUGAACUUUCUGAACUUGUAGACACGGCUGCCCGAGGACAACAGAGCGAGAUUCUGUCCUCGACCUCGUCGUCGUGGCAUAGAUAUUAAGUAUACACGAACUCCAUCAAACCCUUUUGUAAUCAAAUCGAAUUAAUGAACUUCUUUGCCUUUCUCUUUUUGUAGUCUUCAACCAUAUUUACCUAUUGUCCACAGAGACAGAAUGAAAGAUAUUGUGAUAAAAAAAACAAACAAAUCAAGAAGCUUUUCAAUAGUUUGGUACCACCCUGGUGACAUCAAUAAUUUGUACAGAACUUCUUCUACCUAGAACUUUUAUUUUUGAUCUACCCUAUGCCUAUGCCUAUCGCUAUCCCGCGUGGGUGUGCUGACCAACGCAACGAUUUUUCUAGCAACGUCAGUAACUUCUAACAAGGUCAAGAAAAACAGCACCUGGUCUACCAUUCGAGUAGAUUGAUUGUGAACUUCCAUUUGCCAAAUGUAAAAUUGAUGAUCAAGAUGAACUUUCUUUAGCCUCUCUUACUCUACUUGUCCGUCGAAGAUGUCGUUAGGUUUCUGUAUGAUGUUGGGCGAACGCAUUAGUGGUUGAUGUUGAACUUCUCUGAUUUGAACUUUAUAUUUGUAGCGAGGCGGUCACGGAAGAUUCAUGCAGAUCCUCAAUCGGGACCGAAGCCGAUGUGAGACCGCGGACAGACCUUCAU